CCAUAAACACGUUAUAAUUACAGGGGUCAGGCUCAUAGAUGUGACUGUCAAGUGUAAACUUGUGUACUCAUAUUUUUUUCCUUUCACUAUUUUCAAUCCAAUCUCAAUCUCACGAUCUUAUAUUCUUAUCUCCUGAUUCCGCCGGCCUACUCUCUGAAACAGCCGCCGACGCAGUGUUAGAUCACUGCAUUGCGGUGGCGGAGGCGGCGGCCGUCCAGUCGAGUUGGAGAGCAAGGUAGUGCGGGACUCAAUUUCCGGCAGACGUCAUCGGAGAGCAAGAUAGAGCGGGACUCAAUUUCCGGCAGACGUCAUCGCUUAUCGGCUCUUCAUUACGUUGUUGAAAUAUAUAGAAGAGAGGAAAUUAAGUGGGAGUAGAGUGACAGUGCUGAGGCGGAGAUGAAGGGCGGGGCUGUAGGAGGUCAGUCUAAUGCUGUUCCGGUGGUUAAGAAGCGAUGGAAAGGUCUGGUGAUGGCGGUGUUAAGUCUUGUGUUACUUUCGAUGCUGGUUCCCGUCGUCUUCUUGCUUGGCCUGAACAAAAGUUUCCAGUCUUCCUCAGGACUUGCGUCUGAACAUCAAAGUUCUUCUUCUAAUGCGCCUAGAGUUUAUGGUCAAAAUGAGGCUCUCUCGACUGGGAAACAAUUGGAGGGUGAUCAAUCAAGGCAUCUAGAUGAUAUUACAAGAAGCAUGGAACCAACUUUUCCAAAGGAUUUUCAGGAGGACAUUGCCAAGGAAGCUAAGAAUGAGACUAAAGGUUCUCCAUUGCCAGUUGGAAUGCCUAAAGAACAGCCAAAAGCAAAUAGCAUAGAAGUUGGCAAUAUGGAUUCUGCUGACAAAAUAGAAACUGAGAUGAGUUUUAAUUUGUGUGAUUUAAAAUUUGGGAGCUACUGCACAUGGCAUCGAGAGCAUACAGAGCAAGUGAAUGAUUUCUUUGUGAGAAAAAUGAAGAACCUAUUGUUUGAGGCUCGGGCUUAUUAUCCUAGUGUUCUGAAGCUUCCAGCUUUUAGAAAUUUAUCAAAUGACUUGAAGAAACAUAUUCAGGAAUUUGAGCAUCUGCUUAACCUCGCAACAACAGAUAAUGAUCUCCCCCCUCGGAUUCGGAAAAAGCUAAAGGGGAUGAAAGCUGUGAUUGCAAGUGCCAAGGCCUGUCCUGUGAAUUGUAAUAAUGUUGACAUGAAAUUUAGACAGUUGGUUGAUCUGACUGAAGAUGAACCUAAAUUCCUUACAAGACAGGGUGCUCUUCUCUACCAAAUUGCAGUCCAAACCAUGCCUAAGAGCCUCCACUGUCUAUCAAUGCGACUAACUGUAGAAUAUUUUAGAUCUCCUCUGCCCAGUGAGAAGCUUUCAUGGAUAGAGAGGCAUUUGGAUCCAGAUUUAAAGCAUUUUGUUAUAUUCUCCAAGAAUGUACUUGCAUCAUCGGCUGUAAUAAACUCUACAGUUGUGCAUACAAAAGAGAGUGAGAAUCAAGUAUUUCAUGUGCUGACAGAUAGGGAGAAUUACUUUGCCAUGAAAUUGUGGUUCUUCAGAAACAACUACAAGGAAGCCACUGUCCAGGUUUUGAAUAUUGAAGAUCUUCAUUUGGAUGACAAAACAAAGUCUGCUCCAUUGCAUCUCUCACUGCCUGAGGAGUAUUCUGUUUUCUUUCAUAAGGUUGAUAUAUCAUCUAUGACUCCAAUGAGAACAGAGCACUUAUCUGUGUUUUCACAGUCUCACUUUCUCCUUCCCAAGAUAUUUAAUUCUUUGAAGAAAGUAGUAGUUUUGGAUGAUGACAUUAUUGUCCAAAGAGACUUGUCAGACUUGUGGAGCAUUAAUUUGGACGGAAAAGUGAUUGGUGCUGUACAGCAUUGCUCAGUUAAGUUGGUUCACCUGAAAAACUUUUUGACAGAUAAGAGUUUUGACGAAAAAUCAUGUGCUUGGAUGUCUGGAUUAAAUAUCGUUGAUCUAGUCAGGUGGCGGGAGCAAGACCUUUCAGGAAAGUUUGAAAGGCUGGUACAAGAGUUGGGGACAAAAGAGGCUGUGACUCUGCUUGCCUGCUUGCUUACCUUUCAAGGCGAAGUUUAUGCUCUUGAUGAGAACUGGGUACUAUCUGGACUGGGUCAUAACUUUAGUCUGGGUAGAGAAGCUGUGAAGAAUGCAAGGGUUUUGCAUUAUAAUGGUGACAUGAAACCUUGGCUUGAUUUGGCCAUCCGUGAUUACUUUGAUUUUUGGAGCAACUAUCUAAACAAGGAGGAUCAAUUUCUAAGCGAUUGCAAUGUGAAUUAUUAGAGUGCUCUGCUAAAAGUUAGAUUGAAGGUAUGGCAGGGAUCUCAAGGUUACACAAUUUCCCUCUGGUGGAUGCCCAUAGAAUCAUUCAAAGCUUAGGGGACUUGGCUCCAGGUACUAGCAUUACAAAUUCAAUGAUCGUGUUUCUAUCAUUCAAUCUCCUGCCCGUCAAGCCAAGAGGGAGUGCAUUCGUUCGUGGCAGAGGUGGACAUAGAGAACUUUGACAGACAACGGGGCAUUACCUCUGCGCUUUCUGCCUCGAGACUGGACCACAGAAAUAUGAAUUCUGGUGUGUACAAAAAAGCCAUGUGACUAUUCUUUCAACAGUGGAACUUUAUUUGUUUAUAACUUUAGCUUGCUUCCUGGAGACUUCAAUUUAUUCAUAAGAGCAGAUGGUUCAAGUCCAAAUCUCUGAAUCGGCAAAACACGCUUUGGACCUCUUGUCUUGUGGAUUAUCAUUGCAUAGACAUUUGUUUCUUAUUCAUUGUUAAAUAGCGUUUGCUUCUCUAACAGUUAGCAGAUUUAAAUUUUCCAAUUUUUUCUUUUAGAUUACAAAAUAUGUAAUAUAUACUCCAUAUGAAAUAUUUAAUCAUAGUUUUCUUUCCCA